CCUCGCGCCGCGCUCCCGCCCUUCGCCGCACCGCCCCCAGGCCGUGUCGGCGCCAAACCCGAACCGGCCGGGCUGCCCCGCCCCCUCGCCCGGCGCGCAGGACCCGCCGCCGGAAGGCCCGCCGCCCGCGCCAUGUCGAAGAAAAAAGGACUGAGUGCAGAGGAAAAGAGAGCCCGCAUGAUGGAAAUAUUUUUUGAGACAAAGGACGUAUUUCAAUUAAAAGACAUGGAGAAGAUUGCUCCCAAAGAGAAAGGCAUUACUGCCAUGUCAGUUAAAGAAGUUCUUCAAAGCUUAGUUGAUGAUGGUAUGGUUGACUGUGAGAGGAUUGGAACUUCUAAUUAUUAUUGGGCUUUCCCAAGUAAAGCUCUUCAUGCCAGGAAACGUAAAUUGGAGGUUCUGGAAUCUCAGUUAUCUGAGGGAAACCGAAAGCAAGCAAAUUUGCAGAAAAGCAUUGAGAAAGCUAAAAUCGGCCGAUGUGAAACGGAGGAGCGAGACAUGCUUGCAAAAGAGCUUUCUUCACUUCGAGACCAAAGGCAAGAGCUAAAGGCAGAAGUAGAAAAAUACAAAGAAUGUGACCCACAAGUGGUGGAAGAAAUACGUCAAGAAAAUAAAGUAGCCAAAGAAGCUGCUAACAGAUGGACUGGUUUGAAGUCCAUUCCUCCAAGCCUCCUACAGUGUUGCAUUAUUCUCACAUUUCUGGAAAUCUUUCUGUGCUCUUGGAGUCUGUUCUAAAAACUAUAUACAUAAUAUUUGAUCUUUUAUCUCUAACAUACAUAUAUAUGCUACCUUUAUAAUGAACAUGUGUUACAAAUAAAAAGUAAUGGUAUAAAAUUAUCUGGCUUAGCAUACUUUAUCAAAUGUGUAGCACUGUAUGUAAUGAUAAUGAAGUAAAGGAUUAAAGCAGUAGUUGUUUAGUAGUAAAUUGAUUUUUCUCUCUCUGCUCUUGUGUUAGCUUGAAGGCAUAGGUUCUCUACAUUCUGGAAUACACUUAAUACCUGUCUUACAUGCAGCAGGCUCUCUGUAAGUAUUUGGCUGUGAUUGAUAAGCACAUGUAGGUCAUAAAGAGACCAGUAAAACUAAAGUAAUUCUGGAGUACUUCAUGCUAUCAGUAUUUUAUUUAAAAGUCCUUAUGAAAAGUCAAGAUUUGUUUUAGAUUGUUACAAAGAGUUAAGAUUCAUUUUAGUAUCUGUUGAUAUUCCAUAACACUUCAGUUGAAAGAAAUGAUAUUUUGUUAACAUUAUUCUACUUUAUGUAGUAGUAUUCAUAUUAGAAAUUAACUUCAUUCUAAUAUGAUACCUGGAAUAAAACUUCCUGAAACAGAGUAAUUAAAUUCUCUAUAUAUUAGUUUGCUGGGGAUACCAUAACAAAAUAUUUCAGAUUAGGAGAGGCUUAAACAACAGAAAUUCAUGUUUUCACAGUUCUGACUACUCAAAGUCCAAAAUUAAGGUGGCAGGUUUGGUUUCUUCUGAAACCUGUCUCUCCUGAGCCACCUUCUUGCUGUGUCCUGACGUGAUCUUCCCUAUACGUGCCCCUGAUGUCUCGGUGUAUUCACAUUUCCUUUUCUUACAGGGGCACCAGUCGGGGUGGAUUAGGACCCACCCUAAUGGGCUCGUUUUAACUUAAUCACCUCUUUAAAGAUUCUGCCUCCAUAUACAGUCCCAUUCAGGGUGGUGACAAAAUUCAGUCUGUAACCCUGCAAAAGAACCUGCUUUAAUCCUUUACUUCAUUAUCAUUACAUACCAGAUAACUUUAUACCAUUACUUUUCUUUAUUUGUAAUGCAUGUUCAUUAUAAAAGUAGCAUAUAUACAUUAAAGAGAAUGUGUAAAAUUAAAAAAAGAAACUCACCAUCAUCCCCAUUCCCCAAGUGCAGCCCCUGUGUGCAUGUUGGUAUUGCCCUGUAUCCUUCACUUCCUGUACCUAGAUGCCCAGCCUUCCAGGAGAUGAGACUUAUAGGUUUAUUUAUUUUUUUCUUUUAUUACACUAGGAUGAAGAUCUGACCAUAAAUCUUUGUACACAAUUUGUUUUUUUCCCAUGAGAUAAAUUCCUUUAAGUAGAUAUAACACUUUUUCAAUGGUAAAAUGCAUUUUAAAUUCCCCUUAGAGAAUGCUGAGGAUACAUCUGUUCCUAUCUUAGUCUUAAGAGAGACCCUUUCCCUCCUCACUCCUCUGUCUGAAGCCAAGUUACUCUCUGGAGGAGAGCGAAGGGUCUGGAGAGGAUGUUCCCUUUGGGAACAGGAGCAAUUUUAAUUCCUGAGGGAACAGUCCUGGCCUCUGCUGUGAAAAUAUUGAAAGAGGCAUGAGAGGCCUUUCUCUGUCUUUGGUUAUCCUUUAGUCUGGUAUUUUUUAGCAGCAACUAAUUUACUAGAUUUUUAAAUAUGAGAUGUUUAUUCAAAAUACUCAUUAAAUAUUUCCUGUCUUCUGAAAUUAAUUAUCAUUACUCU